CCGGUCAUUCUGAUUAAUUCUGUAUGGACUGUUGCAAUACUGGAGUCUGACCAGUUGGUGACGUCUUGUGUUUGUCUUGCUCUUGGGACAUGGUGUGAUAUCCAUACACAACUACCAAAUACUGUCUGGGAGAGGACUAGCUAGCUAAUGGAUUUCGAUUGGUUAAUAACAACAUAAUAUGGAACAUCGGUUGGAAGGCUGCAGUUAAAUACAUUAACAUAUUAAUGCAAUCAGAAAUGUGUAUUAAUCAGGGAAUGUUAGGAAAUAUAGGACAAUGGGAUCUCACCUAAUGGAAUGAACCAGUUUGAUCAUAUGAAGCGAGUUGUUUGGAAAGCUACGACGAAUCGAAUGGACUGUCUUUCCAGAAAGAAAUGAAUGCGAGUUUAAUGAACACAUUGUACGAAUAAGAGGGCACUGGACAUAUUAUUACAUUCCAGAGGGAUAACUGGCCUCAGUCGCUGCGUUUCAGAUUCUAGCUUGCGAAUGCACUUGAGUGGCAGGCUAAUUAUUUAGCUUCAGCUGGACCCCUGUCGCGUCAUCGUCAUAGACGACCGACGAGAACGCGUUGUGUCCGGUCACAGAGCGUACGUGAUGUCGCGGAUGGCAUUCGGCCUCUAUCAGAAUUAACUAGCUAGUUGGUAACCAGCCAUCAUUCGCUUAUCAAAAAACCAGUAUUCUCUACACAAGUGAGUGCUGCAGUAAUAACCGUCAUUUUGUUGGCAACAGCAAGUGUUUCAUUUACAUCAAAACAAUAUUUGUUUAUAGAACUUGAAAUGAUGGUAAGCCAGCCUUAUGGUUAUGGCUAACUAGUUAGCAAACUAGCUAACUUGAUGUAAGGCGCUAACUUGUUAGCUAGUCAGCUAGCAAACAUCACUGCAUGUUAUCCUGGAUGUCUAUAACAUCAGCUAACUAGUCGCUUGUCUGCUUGGGAUAGUUUAUCAGAAACAUUUCCUUACAUCGUUCACUGACAUGCCACCAGCUAGCCCUGGCAAAGUAGCUAACUAACUUUGCAUUGCUAACUAGCAAUACACAGGCUCCAGCUUCUAGCCACAAUGGCAAGCUAGUGGUGUAGUGUUGCAGUGCAACGUCCAGUCAGGUCAGAUGCCAUUCUGUUUACAGCGGAUAGCCUUCUCUCAAACAAGCUAGAUAACAAACUGGAAACUUAGCUAGGUAAUCUGCACCAAUGCAUGUAUUGAACGAGACGGUUUGAAUUGUACAAUGUCAAUGUUGCAGUUAGCCAACUUCUUGGAACAGUUCACUGGACCACAUUGAGCGUUUAGCCAAGUUCUAACACAGACAAAAAUGUAAUAUUGGUCUUCCAAGAGAGCCACACCUGUAAACGAGCAUUAAGGAUUCUGUAACUAAAUUUAGCUCGCAGGAGAUGGAAACCAAUUUACUGAGGAUAAUGCGAGUAGUUGUCAAGCUGACGUAAAUUGGCUUGGCAGUGUCAACAUAAUAAAGUAGAACAAUAUAUUUUCAAACGUUAUUUAGAUUUGAAUGAUAUUAAUGUCGGGAUACUAGUUUGAAUUGCAUUUGUGUCAUUCGUUUUGGAUGCUUACUAGCUGAUGUGUCUCAGAAAAUAGAAUAGGAGCUGUUUACAUAGAUAUCAGACAGUGAACCAAGCAUCACUGUCACUAGUACAUCAUUGAUGAAGUUAUUGGGACAGCUAUCACGUCAAAUUAAAGUUGGUCACAUGCCCCGAAUGCAACAGGUGUAGACCUUACAGUGAAAUGCUUACUUACAGGCCCUAACCAACAGUGCAAUUUUUAAGUAAAAAAAUGUAUUAGGUGAACAAUAGAUAAGUAAAGAAAUAAAAACAACAGUAAAAAAAAAGACAUGGAAACCCAACCUUUAAAGCCUUAUACCUUUAAAAAAAAAAAAAAAAUCUUUUUUUUAAUUAAUUUUUUCAUGUUGCUAGUGUUGAUUGCAAUGUAAUGACACUGUCAUAAGAUUGAAUGAACAAAGUAGAUAUUGCAGUCAGUGGUGUCUGAAUUUCAUGCAUCUUGCAUGAAGGUGUUCCCCACCCACCAUCUAUUUCUAAUAUUUUCCUGUGGCACUAGAUAGUUCUAACACUGUAUCAAUUUGCCGGGGUCCCCAUUUCAACUGUCUACUGUAAGGUACUUGGAGAUUGCCUGUGAAAACAUGAGGAAGAUGCUCAGAGCGCUCUCUGAACGGAAUAAGCUCCCCACUAGCUGAUGUGAGGAGUUGAAACGUAGCGGGCGGCAGCACUGUGGAACUCUGCGAAAGAAAUUUGAAGAACAAAGGAGAUGGUCACCCUGCUGUGACAUAAUUGGACCGCAGGAGCGGACACGGACGCACUCGAGCCGUCUGCAGCCAUGAGUCUCCGCACCCCCACCUCAACACUGGACAGCCCUUUUGCUGCUUGGCUAAGCAGCCUGACGAUAGGAGACUCGGAGCGCAACACCUCCAGCGGCCUGCAGAGGGAGCCUCUAGCUGACAUCCCCCCUGAGAACACAGGUCCAGGUCUGGUUCAGAGAUGUGUGGUGGUACAGAAAGACCAGCUGGGGUUUGGCUUCACCGUGUGUGGCGAGAGGAUCAAGCUGGUGCAGAAUGUCCGACCAGGUGGUGCAGCGGUCAAGGCAGGGGUCCACGAGGGAGACAGAAUCAUAAAGGUGAACGGCUCGCUGGUCUCGUCCAUGUCUCACCAGGAGGUGGUGAAGCUCAUCAAGUCUGGGCCGUAUGUUGCCCUGACACUUCAAGGACCGCCCCCUUCAGCAGCCGCCCUCGUCCUACAACCCCUCCCCGCUGACCUCUUACCCAAUCAGAGGACGUCACUGGGGGGUGAAGCCCCGCCACCACCACCUCCACCCCUGCCCCCCGGACUUACCAGCACCCCCUCCCAAAGAAUCAACAAACCACUACAGAACCUAGAUGUACAGAAACACGCAACUCAGAUCCUCAGGAACAUGUUGGAACAGGGAGAGGCUGAGCUCCAGGACUUGAUGGAGGAGCUGUCACGGAACCCCUCCCCAUCACUGGAGGAGCGAAUCGAAAGUGCCAAGAGGCGCACCCAACAAGUGCGGGUUAAAAUCAAGCAAGAUCUGGAUGGAACUCGCCCCGAAGCUGUGUCCAACUAUGUAAUAGCAGGAGAUGCUCGGCUGUCGGUGGACUCAAGUGAAGGAGACUUUGAGACCUGUGAGAGCCCCCACUCCUCCCCCUCCUUCUUCAGGACCCCCCUACGCUGGAGACAGGGCUCCGACACACACACCUUCUCUGACUCGGCUGGAAAGACUCAGAUCAUUGGCCCUGAGGAAGAGGAGGAAGAGGACGACAGCUAUGCACUCAAUGAGAUGGACGGUCCAUUUCAGGACGUAGAGCUUCUCAAGUCGCGACCGGCCCAUAUGACGGUGUUCAUGAGAUAUGUCUUCAGCCAGCUACUGGAUCCCAACCCACUGCUGUUCUACCUGUCGGUGGAGGCCUACCUGGGCUCCAGCCCUAAAGACGCCCGUGCCCUCGCGCCUCAGAUCUGCUCCCACUUCCUGGACCCUGACGCUCCGUUAAAAAUCAGAGUACGAGAAGAGUACCUGACUGAUAUAGAGAGUCGUCUCCAUGCCCAGGAGGACAUCAGGGGACCUUUGUCUGAGCUCCAACAGCAGGUGCUGCCUGACAUUCAGGACCAAAUACAGGACUACAGGAACAAGCAGAUGAUGGGUCUGGGCUCUCUGUUUGGAGAGGGAGACCUACAGCAGCUGGAUGGAGACCCAGCCAAGGAGAAACAGGUGGUGGACAGACAGGUCACUGCUCUCUGGGAGAUACUCUCGAAGCACGAAGACGACAGAAGUUCUCCUCUAGCCUCUGCGGUGCUGCUGUACCUCCGUCACUCCGGCAUUAAGCUGAGGGACUCCAGGGUGUUUCCAGGUCUCAGCACUGAGAAGGAGAAGUGGCUCGCCUUUUUCCCCAAGACCAAGAAGCUGAGCAGUGCAAAGAAAGAGAAGGAUGGAGAGGACAGGAAGAGAAACCCCAUCCUGAAGUAUAUCGGCAAGCCCAGGAGCACCUCCCAGUCCACGUUCCAUGUCCCCUUGUCGCCCACUGAAGUGCGUCCUGGCAGUGUGAGGAACAUCAUCCAGCAGUUUGAGAACCACCCAGAGAUCCCCGGGGAGGAGGGGGCCGAGGGAGACCUCCAGAGACUGUCCUCCAGCAGCCUGGGAGAGGACAGUAUGGACAGCCCUAUGGUGUCGGUGCGUCUGGCUCGUAGUGAGUCUCUAAAGGCGCAGGGGGAGGGGCGUCGGCGGGGCGGGGCUUCAGGAGUGGAGACAGUCCCUCGUUCCCGUAGCGACGUGGACAUAGAGGACUGUGGGGAGGAGAUAGAUGGGCCGGGCCUGAGACCCCUACACCACAGCGCCGCCUCCUCAGCCACCAGUAGCUCAGCACGAUCCUUGGAGAACCCCACGCCUCCAUACACCCCUCGGUCGUCUAGACGACAGUUUGAGGAGUCCCCGGUGGCCCUGCUCCCUGACGCCCCAGCCCUAGAGGACGACGUGGUGGACAGUCACAACUGGCAGGAGACGGUGGCCCCUCAGGUCCUGGCUUCUCUCUGUCCCCGAGAGGUGGACCGACAGGCCGUCAUCUACGAGUUGUUGACGACAGAGGCGUCUCACCUGCGUACUCUCAGGGUCUUGGAUCAGGUGUUCUUCCAGAAGAUGAGGUGUGUUCUGAGCUCUGACGAGCUGGCCUGCAUCUUCCCCAACCUGCCUCAGGUCUACCAACUACAUGUGAGCCUGUGUGAAGCCAUGAAGAAGAAAAGGGAAUCUCCCAUCGUUCGGGGCAUCGGUGACAUCAUGCUGGCCAGGUUUGAGGGCGUGGCGGGGGAGGAGUUUCAGGAGCAGGCGUCCCAGCUGUGCAGCCAGCAGUCUCAGGCUCUGGAACUCAUUAAGAACAAGCAGCGCAAAGACCUCCGCUUCACACACAUCAUCCAGGAGUGUGAGGCCAGUCCUCACUGUAGGAGGCUGCAGCUGAAGGACCUGCUGGUGUCUGAGACACAGAGACUCACCAAGUACCCUCUGUUACUGGACAACAUCAUCAAACACACAGAGGCUGGCUCCACAGACCUCCCGCCUCUCCAACGGGCACAGGCCUGCUGCCGCGGGAUUCUGCAGGCCGUCAAUGAAGUCGUCAGGGAGACUGAACACCGGCAACGGCUCCACCAAUACCAGCGCAGGCUGGACCCCACGCCACAGUUCAAGAGUCUGGACCUGACCAGUAAGACAAUGAUCCAUGAGGGUCCUCUCACCUGGAAAGUCAAUAAAGACAAAACUUUAGAGAUCCAGGCCCUGCUGCUGUCAGACCUGCUGGUUCUGCUCCAGAGAGGUCCAGACGACCGGCUGCUGCUGCGCUGCCCGUCCCGCUGGCUGGGGGGAGGAGGAGGGGGUAGCGGAGACACCAAGGCCUCCUUCAGCCCCGUGGUCCAGCUGGACUCCCUCCUGGUGCGCUCUGUGGCCACAGACAACAAGGCCCUGUAUGUCAUCAGCACCACAGAGAGAAAGAUCUAUGAACUGGUAGCGGGGACGUCCUCAGAGAAAAACAUCUGGAAGGACCAACUUGAAAAGACCAUCUCAUUGGUUGCUGGCUCCUCACCUUCGACCAAUAACAGAUCCACACCUAUUUUCUCCCCAAGUCUUGGCAAUGCUUCCCCUGUCUCAACUGGCAGCCAUGUCUAUCAAUCAGGCGACUCGAUGACGGAGCAGGUGGUUUUCAUGGAGACGGACUCCCCUAAUGAUGAGGACAACGAGCUCGCACCCACCACACCGACGGACCAAUCAGGGGCUUUCCUCUGCGGUGAGGGGCGGGACUACGUCAAGAGACGAAUUGGAUUAGCAGAGGCAGCUCUUGAAGACGUGGAGACGCUAAGGCAGCUGAUUUUCCGCGACCUGGAAGAAGAUGGGUGGAGUCACGGCUCAGAUGGCACGCCCACAAACGAGGCAGCCAAUGAGAGGAGCCCGUUCAAUGACCAACAGAGGCUGCCGUCCUCUGAGACUCUCCUUAGCGUCAGUCCCAGCCAAUGGGAGGCUGAGCACGCAGAAGCCCCGCCCUCGGAGGUGGAGUCCCCCUGUGUGCAUGUUGUGAGGAAAGCUGUGGUUGCGGGCUCCCCUUCUAUCCCUGAUGACAUCACUGAAGAUGUCACCCUCCACUCUGACCAAUCACCUGAGCCGAGAGGCGAGGCCAGUGUACGGGGAAAUGUGUUCUACCUGGUGAUGCCUACAGGGCAGGGAGAGGGACUGCUGGACGAGAGUCACACAGAUGAGGUCAACCACCCCCCCACCCCGACCACCACUGAACUUCCUGAUCUGGAACAGGAAGUGAUGUCAUCGCCCGUACAGACUCACGAAAAAGAAGGGCAGGUCGCUUCCAUCAUGUCUGCGGACAAUCAAUCGGAGAGGGAAAAUCUGAGUUGGGAGGAAGGGCGGAGUCGAUCACAAAAGAGCCUCCAGAGCCAUGUAAUCAAAAACGUGGAUGACAUUUUCCACACCAUCGAGGAGUUGAUGAGAAAGCUGCACCAGCUGAGGGACAUAGAGACAGCUCAUCACCAGCUACUGAAAACCCUGAGAGAGCCGCCUGUCAAUCCAGAGUCUGGUGACCUCUUUCGUAUCCAGGCAACCGUCGUCAGGACACCGUUUCUGGACCGGGACCCGGGGGACGGAAAGGAGGCGAGCCCAGCAGAGCCAGCCAAGCUGAAGAUCCUCUCCACUGGAUUCUAACGUUGUCAUUUCAGCGAGGACUUAACAGACUUACCCCCACCCUGCCGUAGACAUACGCACACACACACUGAUGGACUGGGACCCCAGCCUUUACCCCCUAACCCCCUCUCACACCCCUCACCAUCAGCCCAAUCCCAGCACACACUGCUCAUGGGAGCAGAAUCCAGGAAGUACCGGGAUGUCGUUGGCGUUGCCCUGGGAGACCAGGAAUUGAUGCAGGACUGAUGCCCCUGACAGCCAAGGGGCUGCCCUCAGCAUGGGGUUAGGGUGAACUCUGACCUCUGCGGAACAGGAAGGAGUCCUGGGAUGAGAGGAUGGACAGAUGAAGGGGGGAAACGGAGAGAAGCAGUGACGAAACAGAAGCAAAGAGAGUACAAGAAGUGAGAGGAAUCUAAAUUGAGUAAUGUCAAGGAUGAAAUGUUCAAUGGAAAGAAUAAGGUUGGCUACAUUGGAAGGAAAAGUUAGUGUACUUUGAAAAGAACACAGGGUUCAAGGGAGAGAGUUGAGAAGUGACUGAUGUUUUGACAAAAUAACAACUGAAGGAACCCAGCACUUUACCCACAAUGCAUCUUCUGUCAUGUAGCCAUACGCCAAAGCUGAUUGGCUUGGUGAGGGAUAGGACACUGGACAGAUCACCGGCUCCAUUGUGAGUCAAAGCUGCACCUAGUUUGAGCCAAGAUGGUAGUUCUUUACCGCUGGUUGCUUUACAGUCAUCCUGCCAUGGAGGCUGAUCGAAGGACUGUGUCUAUAUAUCUAUAUAUUGAGGUUUAUUGCACUGGGCCAAAAGGAAGGAAGGAGUAAAGAGAUCACAACAUGCACAGUCCUCAUUCACCCAUAAUAUCAUUCAUUAAUGUUAUGCAUAUGUUUCAUAAUCACUCACGAGAGGAGAGAAAUGUGAUGAAGGAAGAGGUGGGUUGUUGUUGUUAAGGGAUAACCAAGAUGGCGGUCGGUCAGUCAUUCUGACGUAUGCAGCAGGUCCUGCGUGUAUGUACAGCUGCUCAUCUACGGGAUGGGUUGUCUGUAGCGACCACAUAUUCCCGGUGACCUCAGUAACGCGCCAUGGUAACACUACUACCACACUGUUCUCUACUGAAUGGCUGUUGUCUCGUCUACAGCACCACUCCCAGACAUACAGCGAUGACGACUACGAAAAAGGAUACAUGUUCAAUGAACGCACAGAUGUCUGUCUAUCAUGUUGUCAUCAUUUCCUAAAGAACGCUCUACUGUAUUGUGUGUAAUACUGUGAAUCCCCUCCUCUAUACUACUAUACCAUGACUAGUGUUUGCUGUACUGCCACGACAAAACAUGAAGGGAUGUUACUUCAUAGGUUUGAACUGAAAGACACCUUUUGCUCAGAGGACUUGUAUAUUGGGAGAGGAAGUCUGUUAACCCUCUAAGUGUGUGGUCAGCGUACAAUAUGUCUGUGACACUACAGUGUGUGUGUGUGUGUGGUCAGUGUACGAUAUGUCUGUGACACUACAGUGUGUGUGUGUGUGUGUGUGUGUGUGUGUGUGUGUGUGGGGGGGGUCAGUGUACGAUAUGUCUGUGACACUACAGUGUGUGUGUGUGUGUGGUCAGUGUACGAUAUGUCUGUGUGACACUACAGGUGUGUGUGUGUGUGUGUGGUCAGUGUACGAUAUGUCUGUGACACUACAGUGUGUGUGUGUGUGUGUGUGGUCAGUGUACGAUAUGUCUGUGACACUACAGUGUGUGUGUUGGGAUCUCCAGAGGGGAUGCAGAUUUUUCGUUUACCUCGGCAUGGUGGACGAUUCCAGACUCUUACUUUCAUUCUGUCUCGUAGCGCGACAUUCCUUUACCCACGCUUUUGAGUAACUUCUUUUUCUUCUGGUCUUUUGUCUGUUUUCCCUCCAUUUCUGUCUUGAGUUCUGUAACCACCUCUCUCGUAUAGAGGUUAGAACUGAUGGUUCCUCCCUUUGCCAAACCACUGCACAACAAACUACGGUACGCAUACACACGUCUUUAAUGAUCAUUUUCUCUUUUUUUAAUCUCCUUCACUUAUGUAAUAUAGAAAUCACAAUCUUGUUUUUUUUCUUCCUGUAAAGCAUUUAGUCCUUUUGAUUUUAUUUUUGUAGAUACGAAGAAAAAGUGUACAUUAUUUUUCUCUCACGUUUUAAUAAACGGUGAGAUUGUUAGCUGCGAAGAAGGGAAAUUAAGUCUUGUUGCAGAUUCAUGUGGUAUGUGACAUUAAAAAGAACGGUUUGGGAAAAAAAG